AAAUGACACGGUCAUGUUGCAAAAUCCCUGGGUUCUUAGUCUGGCGCCAAAAUGUAACGGCUUUCUCGAUCAGUGUUGCUGUUGUUAAUCCGUUGCAAAUCCCUUUUCACUCUUUAUAACUACCAACUACUCUCUCUCCAUUUUCCCAAACAGCUACCAAGAAACCUAAGAAUUGUAGAAAUCCCAAGACCCAAUUUCUCCGCCGCCCACCAUGAACCACAACCACCACCCCCGGCAGAUUGCAUCGAACAACCCAGAACGGGAUUUUUCUCUCCCGCCGUCUGCGUCCACCGCCGACAACGCAUUUAAGAUCUCUGUACCUGCCCUCUCCCUGUGGCGGUUCUUUGCCCAACAUGACUACUCCCUACUCUCCUGACCGCUACCACUUUUCCAAGAGUCAGUCCCAUUCCCCGGCACGGGUCCUGCCUCCUCUUCCUCCACCGCACACUCUCCGCCGCUCCGUCUCGGAUCUCAACCACUCUCCGGCCAAGACCUCGUCCCGCUCCUCCACCUCCUCCCAAGACUUCCACUUCUCCACCGACUUGGACACCCCCGAUUCUAAGGGGCUGAGCGGGAUGAACCACCACCAAGAUUCUUCUCUCCCGCCGUCUGCGUCCACCGCCGACAACCUAUUUGAGAUCUCUGUAACUGCCUCUCCCUGUGGCGGUUCUUUGCCCAACAUGACUACUCCCUACUCUCCUGACCGCUACCACUUUUCCAAGAGUCAGUCCCAUUCCCCGGCACGGGUCCUGCCUCCUCUUCCUCCACCGCACACUCUCCGCCGCUCCGUCUCGGAUCUCAACCACUCUCCGGCCAAGACCUCGUCCCGCUCCUCCACCUCCUUCCAAGACUUCCACUUCUCCACCGACUUGGACACCCCCGAUUCUAAGGGGCUGAGCAGGAUGAAGGACCGCUUGAGAGAGACUUGCAAGAUCCCUCCUCUCUGCCGCACGGUCUCGGAUGUCUACGCCUGUGCAAACUCUGAAGAAGAGUCUGCUUUCCCUGAAACUGUCUACCGCAAGAUCCCUCCUCUCCGCCGCUGCUUCUCGGAACCGUACAAGCUUCCGUCCGCCACGACUGACCAGCCAUUUGGUUCAACGCCCAACCCGAAUCGCUUCCAGCCAGCACCGGUUGUCCCUGUCAGAGCAGCACCGGUUGUCCCUGCCACAGCCACUGCAGACCCUACAUUUCUGCUGUCCCUUAUGGCCUUGUACAUGGCAUUAAGCAUCUAUCCACAGAACAUGACGAGGCUUGUUUUGUAUGCGACUGUGGCUGACGUAUGUUCGGGAAUUUUAAUUUGUAUGGGAAUGGAGGCUACGUUUUAUGUCUUAAUAAACUGGGUGGCUGACAAACCGUACCCGCUUCUUUCAUGGCUGGCCUUGAUAGGCGGAAAGAUCCUAUUUUGGAUUUCAGAGUACAGAAACCUACCAUUCGUAGUUUAUGUUCCAGUUGUUAUGGUCAUGAAUACUUUCCUACUGGCAUCGUUGGUAGCAAAAAUAACCUGGAACGUCGGCUGGGGCGUUGCUUAUCAAUUUGUGCUGGAUAAUCUCGGUAUUGUGAAGCUGCUGCUCUGAGUGUGGAGAAGGAGGACUGCUUGGUCAUUCACUUUAGGUGUCACCGUGAUAAAGCCUGAUUGGUGUCAGUUUUACAAAUCAUCUGGUUUUUACUUUUACUGCUGUUCAUUGUAAUGAAGUAGAAUAUGUGGAAUAUUGUGAUAAAGAAGGAUGACUGAUUGGUGUUACUUCAGGACUGCUUGGUCAUUCACUUCAGGUGUCACUGUGACAAAGCCUAUCAGUUCGUUCUCAGUGGAGGCGACUGCUACUACAAGCUCAUGUAGAUAUCCAUCUCUAUUAUCCAACCCACUGGAAAAUACUGAGCACUCUAAAUUCUCGGGUUUGGAUUUUUCAUACAUUUUCAUGAUACUUAACUCAGUCACACUGAUCUACUUCUUAGGUUGUUUAAAUCUUCGGCUUAGAUCGUACCCUUUUCAUAGAUUCAUUUUGGAUGAAGUACUCAGUGCCCUGAUUGGUGUCAGUUUUACAAAUCAUCUGGUUUUUCCUUUUACUUCUUCUUUGCAUUGUAAUGAAGUAGAAUAUGUGGAAUAUUGCAUGAAUCGCGAAGGCGAAAAGAUAUAUGGAAUGUACUUUGUUGCAAUUCUUGUUCGGAAGCAAAUGAACAAAAUUUCCUGAUUCUCUUGUGAAUGAA